AUAUACACACAUGUCAGAACCCUGCUACUAGAGCCUGGAUGUGGCUCUGAGUUUCAGGGUCACUGACAUUGAUAAGACACCUGCGUCCCAGGACUCGGAGGAGAAACGGCUGAUGGACUUGGCGGGGAAUUUGCGCGGGGUUUUACUGAGCGGGAAGAGACUUUUCAAAUGAGGGGGAGGGUAUAUAAAGGAUGGUUGGCCGGAGCCUCCCAUUCUUGGCUUUUCUGAUGUUCAUGUUUCCUACAGUAAAAGUUCCUGGUGAUACCACAAAGAGUCUCGUGUGUUCAUUCAGGAGCGGCUGUGGUGAGCUGACACUAAGCCAAGAAUACGGACACCAUCCCGCUGUAGCGGUGAGGUGUAACAUGCAAGUGGAGGAUGAAGAGCUCUUGGGCGCCGGAGGAGGAAGGUCGGAAAGGGCCACUCCCGAGACGGACGCUGAGUUCCACCAGCUGGCGGCCCUGGCGUCAUCCACCGCUUAUGCCCAGCCAAAUGGGGUAACCCAGAGGCGCGGAGUGGUGCGGGGAGAUAGCACCGGAGGAGAGGAAGGUUCACCUUCCCCAGGCCCGCAAAAGAUGGUGUUUCUGGAGGAGAGGAUGUCGGCGAUGGAGACCACCCUGGCAGUGAUGUCGAGGGCGAUGGAGCGCCUGGCGGUUUUGGCGGAGCCGGAGCGAGGAAGGGAACUCCGGGCUAGCUCAAUGUGGGACGUGAGCAUGGGAAGCAGCCAGGGCUUUGCAGACCUCCCAGCACCGAAGGGAAGGGAAAUGCGAAAGGAGCCCGGUGCCCGGCCCAAGAUCCAAACGAGCCUGACGCGGGUGGAGGAGAGUGACGACGAAGGGGAAAAGCCUCCGAGAAUCCCGGCUACGCUCCCAACUGAGACCCUGGUGCCCCUGGCGAAUGCCGGGCGUGGCACAGGACAAAGGGAAGCAGCAGCGGGGCCCACUGGCCCGCAAGGGGGCUUGCGACGGGCGGAGGAUUGGGGAUUGCCACCACAGGGACCCCUACCGAGACGAGAGGAACUAAGGAUCGAGUUUGGGGGAGAGUCCUCUGAACUGGAUUUUUUCCUGACCACGGUGAGGGGCUAUAUGGAGGACAAUGCCCACACUUUUAGAACGGAAUCCAGCCGGGUACGGGCCAUUGGUGCAGUGUUGAAGAGGGGAGCGGCCAGCUGGUACGUUCAACUACACGCGCGGCGCGACCCAUGUCUGGGGUCACUCCGACGCUUUAUGGGGGCCCUGGAGACCCGUUUCCGAGAUCCACUGGAGCAGAUCCGGGCGAGGGAGGAGUUGAAGACCGUCUCCCAGGGGCAGAGGUCGGUAUCUGAGUAUGCGGAGGAGUUCCAAUGCCUCGCUGAAAAGGUGCCGGAAUGGUCUGCAGUGACAAAGAUAGAACUCUUCAAAGAGGGGCUCAGGCGGGAGAUCCUCUCCUGGGCGGUGCAUCGUGAUGAGCCUGACACACUGCGCGGAUGGAUUCAGCUGGCGGGGCGCAUCGAGACAUCGCUGGCCCAGGCGAGGAGGCACCGAGGAGGGCUACAGCAGCGGCCGCAGAUGAAAGAGGGGAGCCGGAAGGAGGGAUCAACCCCAGCCGGGAGGAGAACGGAGCCGACAGGGAACGUGAGCACCAGCAGGAGGGGCUGCUUCGUGUGCGGCCGUUUGGGCCACAGGGCUGCCGAGUGCUGGCAGAGAAAAGGGGAAGGCGGAGGCCCGCCCAAACCAAGAGCCGUGGCAGGGAAACGCGCCGAGGAAGAACCACCGAUGAGGCACCACUCGGGGGGGUUGGACGAAGGGGAGGAGGACGCCAUGUCAGAACCCUGCUACUAGAGCCUGGAUGUGGCUCUGAGUUUCAGGGUCACUGACAUUGAUAAGACACCUGCGUCCCAGGACUCGGAGGAGAAACGGCUGAUGGACUUGGCGGGGAAUUUGCGCGGGGUUUUACUGAGCGGGAAGAGACUUUUCAAAUGAGGGGGAGGGUAUAUAAAGGAUGGUUGGCCGGAGCCUCCCAUUCUUGGCUUUUCUGAUGUUCAUGUUUCCUACAGUAAAAGUUCCUGGUGAUACCACAAAGAGUCUCGUGUGUUCAUUCAGGAGCGGCUGUGGUGAGCUGACACACACAGA